AUGGAAGAGUUCCCCAGUGAAAUAGAGCAGUUGACCGGGCUUAGAAUGUUGGACUUGAGUAAUUCUAGAAUUAAGACCACCCUACCCAAUAUUUUGUGCAAGUUGACCAAAAUAGAGGAACUGUAUAUGGGCCAUGCCAUAAUUAAUUGGGAGGUAGAAAGUUCAUCUGAGAAAAAGACAAAUGCAAGUCUUUCAAAGCUUAGCCAUUUGAUUUGCUUGACCACUCUAGAAAUUCAAGUUAGUGAGGCUUGGCUUUUGCCCAAGGACAUACCGUUUGAUAAGUUAGAAAGAUACAAGAUUGUCAUUGGGGAUAAAUGGGAAUGGUUAAACAACAAAGAGACAUUAAGGUUGCUAAAGGUGAAACUAGAUACCAGUAUUCGAGGAGAACGAGGGAUCAAAACAUUGAUUGAAAGAGUUGAGGAUUUAUACUUGGACAAAAUAAGUGGCAUUUCGAAUGUGCUUUUUGAAUUGAAUGGCGAAGGAUUUCCAUUGCUAAAGCAUUUGCACAUCCAAAAUAAUGGUGAAAUUCAACAUAUUACCAACUCCAUGAAGAGGAAUCAAACUCAAGCUUUGUUUCCAAAAUUAGAGACACUGAUACUUCAGAAUCUCAAUAAUUUGGUGAAGAUAUGUCGUGGUCCGGUUAGGAAUAAUUCUUUCGGCCAACUUAAGUUCGUCAAAGUCAAAAGUUGUGAUCAAUUAAUAUGUCCCUUCUCUGUUUCAGUGGUUCAAGCUUUUUCUCAUCUUGUUGAGAUUGAAGUUUCAGAAUGCAAUUCUAUGACAAACAUUGUGUCUCUGGAAAAUGCAGAGAGCGGAAAAAUUAUUGAUGACAAUAUUGAGUUUGUUUCAUUGCACUCUUUGACUCUAAAACAUUUGCCAAUCAUUUACAAUUUUUACUCUCACGAGUUGAUGUCUCUUCUGAGAACUAAGCAGGGCUCGUUGCAGGCUAAUACUCCAACAGCCUUUUUUAGUGCCAAGGUUAAAUUUUCUAAUCUGAAGACUUUGAAGUUGAGUUCGGUCAAUUUGAAAACAAUUUGGGAUGACAAAACGCCAUGUUUGAUGGAGAAUUUGGCCAACUUGACUGUAGAAGAUUGCAGUGGCUUAAAAUAUUUAUUCCCGUCUUCUAUGAUUGGAAAACUAUCAAAUCUCAAGCAACUUGGAAUAAGUAAAUGUGAUACGAUGGAGAAGAUAGUUGCCAUAGACGAGAAAUAUGGCGUUGCACCAGCACAGGUGCUUUUCCCCAAAUUGGAAGCAAUAAUAAUAAAAGACAUGCAGAACUUAAAGAUGAUAUGGCAACCCAUUCUGGCUUCAAAUUCUUUGGCCUGCUUUAAAACAUUGGAAGUCAAGAACUGUGAAAAAAUUGACAAGAUAUUUCCCAACUAUAUGAAUGGAGCACUUGCAACACUAGAAAAACUGAAGGUUCAAGGCUGUAUGUCGGUGGAGGAGAUAUUCCAGUUGGAUGUCGAUGCAGAUGAUACAACACAGCUCAAGUAUAUCACACUACUUCGAUUGCCACAACUGAAACAAAUUUGGAGCAAAGGUUCUCAAUCAAGUCUUCGCUUUAAGAACUUGAAAGUUGUGCGUGUUGAAGACUGCGAUGAUUUGGAGUACCUUUUCCCAUUCUCCAUAACCAUGAACUUGCCUCUACUUGAACAAAUUACAAUAAUGCAAGCUAAAAGGAUAAAGGAGAUCGUUUCUGAGAGAGAAGAACCCUUGGAUGAUCUUGUCGAAUUUGAGUUCAAUCAACUAACCUCCGUGGUGCUUUGGAAUUUACAAAAUUUGCAGGGAUUUUGUGCUGGAAAUCAUAGCUUAUCUUGUUCGUCAUUGAAAAAAUUAGAUGUCAGGACACAAGGUACAAGUAGCCAAAGAAGACUUCUUCAUGACAAUCUCCAUGUCUCCAUGAAACAACCUCUUUUCACACUUGAAGAGGUGGCAUUCCGUGGUUUCGAGUGUCUGGAGCUAUCUCGAUAUCCUGAGUUAGGAGAUGUCUGGCUCUGGGACAGUGAUGUUAAGCAUGAAAUGUUUGAGCUUCGAGUGAGUGAGUGUGAUUCACUGGAAGCUCUGAUUGAAUUACCAAAUAUGAACGAAGGAAGAAUGUUAGUGGAAAAGGAGACCAUUCAUCUGAAAAGAAUAUAUCUCUCUUGCCUUCCUGAGUUCAAGCACAUCUGGAAACGAAACUCUCAAGAAAUUGUCUCUUUUGAAAAUUUUGAGGAGAUUUCAUUUGAUAAAAGUCUGGAGUUGCAUACGUCAAAAAUCCAAGGAUUCAGGGAAACAACAGAAAAAGGUGAUAGCUAUUAUCCAAGGAAGCAGAGUUCCAUUGGAGAGGUGCUUCUACCCAAACUGGAAACAAUAAUAAUAGAAGACUUGCAAAACUUGGAAACAAUAUGGCACCCUGUCCUAACUCUGAAUUCCAUGGGUAGCUUCGAGACAUUGAAAGUGAAAAAGUGUCAGAAAAUUCAGCAUAUAUUUCCAAUAUACAUGAACGAAGUAUUUGCAGCUCUACAGACGUUGAAGGUUAAAGACUGCAACUCAGUGCAAGAAAUUUUCCAGUUGGGUGCCAAGGAAAUGUGCAGUAGAGAUGAUAAAUCACGGCUCAAGAAUAUAAUCUUGCUUCGAUUGCCGAAGCUGAAACAAAUUUGGAGCACAGAUUGCCAAUCAAGUCUUCACUUUAAGAGUCUGCAAGUUGUGCGUGUUGAAUACUGUGGAGAUUUAGAGUACCUUUUUCCGUUCUCCAUAGCUAAGCACCUACCUCAACUUGAAGCAAUUACAAUAAAGAGUGCUGAAAAGAUGAAGGAAAUUGUUUCCAAGAGAGAAGAACCCUUAGAUAAUCUUGUCAAAUUUGAGUUUAAUCAGCUAACCUCUAUGGUGCUUUGGAAUUUACACGAUUUGCAAAGAUUUUGUGCUGGAAAUCAUAGCUUAUCUUGUUCAUCAUUGAAAGCAUUAGGUGUCUACAAUUGUCAGAAAUUAAAGCUGUUCAAGACACAAGAUACAAGUAACCAAGAAAGACUUUCUGAUGACAAUCUCUAUGUCUCAAUGCAGCAGCCUCUUUUCACUCUCGAAGAGAUCUGA